CACAAUUUCAAGCGGCAGGGCAAUAUCUUUGAGCUCGCUACGCAACUUGGUAUCAGUGGACAAUUUGAUCUCGUUGAGAAUGCCAUUAGCCAUCCAUUUCUCACAUCACCAGCAGAAGAUGUUUUGAUUGCACCAUAUAGGGGAUUCAAGGCAAACCGAUACCUAGCUCUCCACAAAGCAAUUGGCUGGUCACUGCCAGCCACCCAACCACUUAUUUCUCUACUGAGAAUCUCCUCUUUCCAUCUCACAGGUGCACUUAUAGUAACAACAGUCAUCGAGUGCUCAGAGUGUUACUGUGAUGUUACUGAGAUUGCUGAUCCAAAGGCAGGGAUGAGGCUUGACACCCCUACUCCUUUUCACACCAUAAUGAUGCCCAUGUCUUGGUCCCCAGUAAAUGAUGUGUGCUCAGAAUUACUGGAAGAUAUCCGAAAAAUUAGACUCAACUUCUCUAUUCUUGUUGGAUGGGUGGAUGAGGUGGACCAGUCAAAGGUCCUGGAGGAUGUGGUGACUGAGGAAGCUGCCAUCAAUUUUUUCAUGGAUAUGUUUGGUGUCACCAACUUGAGUAAUCUUGUUGGGGAGAUAACAUUCUUUCAUGAACUGUCUUCAACCAUGAAUGCAGAAAUAUGUGGUAGGUCCUUCAUACAGAUGAAAAAGGACAGAAAAGUAGUUGAGACAGUGCAACAGCAUCGGAUUGAGGCAUUAGUCAAGUUCUUGAUGCACAUUGGGGACCCAGCAGUACUCUGUGAUGACCCAAAACCUAUUGACAUUACCUGGACAAAGUUGCGAGAGGAAGCAAUGAAAUCAAGAAUGAGGCCCUUUGCUGCAGAGUUCCUUCAAGUAAUUGCUACUGUCUAUGAAAACUGGAAACCUGGUUCCCACCAUCAAGACACCAAGUUCAACAAACAGAAGCUUCUGUCUGAUAUACAAGAAAUCAAGAAACUCCAAGAAGUGCUCACUGAGAUUGAUGAUGACAAAAGGCAGGCACUGGCAGAAGAUAUUACAGGAAGGAUCUUACUAGUAUGUUGGCAUGGGAUGUCCUUGGAGAUUGCAAGAGUAUUAGAAAAAGUUGCUGAUUACUUCAGCAUGAGUGAUGAAGUAAUAACCUCACCCCUAGGAGAGUCUCGAGUGAAUGAUGUUCAGAAGAUUGGAUGCAUUCUCUCACAAGCAGCCUCCUCUACAUUGGAUGAUGGCCUGGAUCCACUCCAGAGGAUGAUGCAUGAUGCAGCAGAUAGUGUUUCAAAAUAUCAGUUACUCCUCACUGCACUGACCAACCAAGCUGCCUUGAAUAAUGCAAGCACUGAGAGUAUGCCAAAUGGCAGAAGCUAUUGAUGUUAACUUAUGUUGUAUGUAAGAUCAGCUACAAGGUGUAGGAAUGAAUAUCCCUGACAG